UAGACCCACAACCAUCCACACAUCCAGUUUCCACUCCCCUGGAAGGUAACCCCUGUCCUCUCCCUCCUAGCCUUUCUUUGCCUACUGGGACUAACCUGCAGGACUCUUGCUAGCCGCCAGGAGACCAAGACCUAAAAAGAGACGGAUGCCCAAGGUCAAAUCGCGCGUGGGCGCACACCAGCAGUUCCACGGCCUCCCAUCGCCUGCCCAGGACCGCCCGGGCAACAUUUCUGCGCUGCUGGGACUCCGCCCGUCCCUUUGCAGCCCUCCCUACCCCGUCGCUCGUGCAGACCCAGCAGAACCCAGGGGCAGCCAGAGCGACAGACUAGUGUCUUUCAGGGCACCCGGCCGCUCCGACCGCCCUCCCCACAGCCAGGUCCCUCAGUCCCCUCCUCUGACCCCUCCCUCCCGUUCCUUCCUAGGCCUUUUCUGCUCCUCAUCCUAGGCUCCCUCGACCUCUCUGUUUCUGAUUCUUCUCUGGUCCCAAGUCUAGCUUCUCCUGUCCUCACCCUGGUCGCCUCCUCCCGGGUCCCCGCCACCCUCUCUGCGUACCCGGUGACGCAGCGCCGCCUCCCGCUCCCGCCUCCCCGCGCCACCGCCGGGCAGACUGCAGGGGCCGCUAACGGUCCCGCGCCCCCCCGGCGUCCGCGCGCCCCGCGCCCGGCGGACGAGGCCGCGCCGGCGGCGAUGGGGGCGAUGGGGGCGGCGGAGCCGCUGCACUCCGUGCUGUGGGUGAAACGGCGACGCUGUGCCGUCAGCCUGGAGCCCGCGCGGGCUCUGCUACGCUGGUGGCGGAGCCCGGAGUCCGGGCCCUCCGCGCCGGGUGCCGAUGCCCGCUCCGUACUGGUGUCGGAGAUCAUCGCUGUUGAGGAAAAAGACGACUGCGAGAAACAUGCCUCCAGUGGCCGAUGGCAUAAAAUGGAAAAUCCGUUCGCAUUCACAGUCCACCGUGUGAAGCGAGUACGACAUCACCGCUGGAAGUGGGCACGGGUGACCUUCUGGAGCGCCGACGAGCAGCUGUGUCACCUGUGGCUGCAGACCCUCCGUGGGCUGCUGGAGAGCCUGACUUCAAGACCGAAGCACUUGCUGGUAUUCAUCAACCCUUUCGGAGGGAAAGGUCAGGGCAAGCGAAUCUAUGAAAAAACAGUGGCGCCUCUGUUUACCUUGGCUUCCAUCACCACGGAGAUCAUCAUUACUGAGCAUGCCAACCAAGCCAAGGAGACUUUAUACGAGAUCAACACAGACAGCUAUGAUGGCAUCGUGUGCGUAGGUGGGGAUGGCAUGUUCAGCGAGGUGCUGCAUGGGGUGAUUGGGAGGACGCAGCGGAGCGCUGGUAUCGACCCCAAUCACCCCCGAGCCGUGCUGGUGCCCAGUACCCUCAGGAUCGGCAUCAUACCCGCAGGGUCCACAGAUUGUGUGUGUUACUCAACAGUGGGCACAAACGACGCAGAGACAUCGGCUUUGCACAUCAUUAUUGGGGACUCGCUGGCAAUAGAUGUGUCCUCUGUGCACUACCAUAACACGCUGCUGCGGUACUCGGUUUCUCUGCUGGGCUAUGGUUUCUACGGGGACUUAAUCAAGGACAGCGAAAAGAAACGGUGGAUGGGCCUCGUCCGGUAUGAUUUCUCAGGGUUGAAGACCUUUCUCUCUCAUCAGUACUAUGAAGGGACACUGUCCUUCCUGCCAGCACAGCACACGGUGGGAUCCCCACGGGACAAUAAACCCUGCCGGGCUGGGUGCUUCGUGUGCAGGCAGAGCAAGCAACAGCUGGAAGAAGAAGAGAAGAAAGCCCUGUAUGGCCUGGAGAACGCUGAGGAAGUGGAAGAGUGGCAAGUGACAUGUGGGAAGUUCCUGGCCAUCAAUGCCACCAACAUGUCCUGUGCUUGUCCUCGGAGCCCUGGGGGCCUGUCCCCAUUUGCCCAUCUGGGAGAUGGGUCUUCUGACCUCAUCCUUAUCCGGAAGUGCUCCAGGUUCAACUUCCUGAGAUUCCUCAUCCGGCACACGAACCAGGAGGACCAGUUCAACUUCACUUUCGUUGAAGUUUAUCGAGUCAAGAAAUUCCACUUCACGUCGAAGCACGUGGAAGAUGAGGACAAUGACUUGAAGGAACAAGAGAAGCAGAAGUUUGGGAAGAUCUGCAAGGACAGACCCUCUUGCGCCUGCUCAACCUCCAGAAGCUCCUGGAACUGCGACGGGGAGGUCAUGCACAGCCCCGCCAUUGAGGUCAGGGUCCACUGCCAGCUGGUGCGCCUCUUUGCUCGGGGAAUCGAGGAAGAGUCAUAAGCAAGAACUCCAAAGCCCAGGAGCUGUCGGCCUUGAGCUCGGGGAGUGUGGAAAUUACUUAAGAAAAAUUCGACAGACCAGUUAUGUUGAUAUAUCCAUUUGAAUUUAGAAAUUUAUUUUUGAUAGGUAAAUCUUGGUUUUUUAGAAAAGACAGCUUUGUCAACAGUUCUGUGUCCAUACCUGGUACCCUUGGCCCCGCUUCCGAGUCUCUUUUCACUUCUUCUCAGCAAAUGGCACUUGCUGGUUCGGGGCAUUGGCUUCCUAGAUUUUAGCCAUGCCGACUGUGCAUAUUUCAAGACGGCCCCUUAGUGGGCUACACUGCAAUAAUUUUUAGGGACAUUAUAAUAUGACUACAUCCCAGGAAUCAGGUUACACCAUCUGGUCACAUGGGUAAUGACCCGGUCACCUUGACCCCUUUGGUGGGACUUCCUCUGGAAUUGUCAGUGACCAGGUUUGGGAAGGUAAAUAGUUGUCUUGGCCUUCGCUUUACACACACCUUCAUUUACGAUCAGGACGUCGCUACGUGACCCUUGCUGCACACCACAACUAACUCAGUGAGGUCCUCCGCACAGCCACACCUGCAGAGCAGGGCCAUGUCACUGCGAGAAGACACCUGGGGUGACGUUUCAUCCUCAGGAUCCCCACAUCUGCUGCCAUCACAGCCGCAUCCCGUGAGACAAUUCAGCAAAGCGCCCACUUGGAAGCUUCAUUCUGUCAGCCCUGGUAGCCUGCACACCCUGGCCAAGGCAGUCUGAAGCACUGACUAAGAGGAGGCUCCAUUUGGAAUCAAAGCACUUCCACAGCUGGGUUUUGAAGGAGGUAGGGGGUGGCGGGGACAGAGAGUAACUGACACACACAGAGGGUACUCGGUGAGUUCGAUACCACCCUCAACCUGACUGUCACCAGCGAAUGGUGGGUGAUCUCAGGUCCCCCCCCAGGUACUCUGGUGCAAGCCUUAUGUCUACUCCUGGGUCCACAUCCAUUCUUCCCGCACUGUGGAUUCUGGUCUUAUUCAUAGCUUUCUCCCUGUUCAUCACGUCUUGGCUAUUUGCUCUGUCUCCACAAGGGGGCGCUAAGCUGCUCUGGCUGAAGCCCUGGGCGCAUGACCAGUUUUCCUCUGAAGGCAUUCCCGACCCAGGGGCUUCUCGGCCACAUACUAUGACCUGUGCUGUGUCUCCAGAUGGAUGCAUCUGAAAUGUGUAUAAAAGGGUUUUAUG